CGGUAGGCAGCGAAUUUGCGGAGAACAACGCCGAGUAUGACGUGCAAAUACGAGGCUCUGAUUGGCCGCGCUGGGUGUGGAAGAAACCGAUGCUGAUGUAAGCAAGCCUUCGGGCAGGGCGACCGGACGGGUACUCUCUACUGCAAAACACAACCAUGGCCAAUCCUGCCUCAUCAGGCACGCUAUCUCCCGCCCACCCUCAUUUCGCCCGCCUCGACGUCGCCGCUGCCUGCAAUUUUGGCGUGGCACGUUACUCUCAUCUUCCGAUCCGCUUCACCGCCUCCUUCCCUUCCAGGCUUCAGCACUUUUCCGACCUCAGAACCACCACCAGGACCACAGACGAGGCCAUGCACGAUGGCGAACCUUUACCAAUUAUUUCUGGCAGAUGCCCCUGCGGUGGAGAAGGCAGCAUCUCAGUCGCCUGCGAGCAGUGCGCUGACGCCUGUGCCAGCCUCCCCUGCACCGCCGAAUUGAGCUCCGAGUGCACGGAGCAGUGUGUUGUCGUCCCCUGUAACGACGCCCAUCACGACGACACACCUCUAGAUAAACCGUGCGAGCCUUGUGAUUUGACGUGCCAGAAUGGCGCGGAUUGUACCGGCCUCGAGGAAUUUUUUCAAUGCUGCAACGACUAUCACGGUUACCUAUCCGAGCCGAGAAACUUCUCCACAGACACGAUACAGCCCAACAAUACCUUCUCUUGGGACCCGUCGUUUACGGCGCUCCUCUGUGGUUGCACUGAUCCUCCACAACCUGGGCACCCUCAGGCUAGCCACAGUAACAUGAGCUCAGUGGACUCCACGUCACCGACCCCACAGCUCACACCAAGUCCCGUUUUCCCUCCCGCGUCCGAGCCCACCGCACAGCCUAGCCCUGUCAUAUCUCAUGUCAUAUCUCAAGCGCAGGAACGAAUGCCACAGUACUAUCCCACCCCGGAGUCGACGCACUCGCCGCGGCCCCAGACCCUUAUGCACAAAUGUCAAUGGGCGAACUGCUUCGCGGCGUUCAACUCGCUCGGCGAGCUCGUCGGGCACGUCAACCUCCAGCACCUCCGCCUGCCUUCACCCUUCUCGGCUGCCAGCGGUUCGGAGCUCGGGACGAUGAUGCAGAUGCAGCAGCCAGUCCCGGAUGAGAACUCGCAGGCACAGGCGCGGGCGAAUGCACUCUCCUGCCUGUGGGCGGAUUGCCAGAUCUAUCCGACGCCGCAGUCGAUUCCGGGCCCGUCGACGGGCAAUUCGAUUGACACUGCGUUGGGCAUCCUCGCGAGCCAUCUGCUCGAGGACCACUUAGGGCUGCCUAUACGUUCGCCGAAGCAAGAGCAGAAUGCAACACAGCCGAGCCAACACCCGCAGACAAAACAGCAUUCGGACCCACCUUCUCUUUCUGCGAUGCAGCCUCCGGCACCGUUCGCCCAAGGCCUGCCGACGCCGCGUCCAGAGCAUGACUGCGCUGAGUCAUCGGCGCAUGUCUGCCGUUGGACUGGUUGUGGACAGACCUUCCCAUCUUGUGAUGAGCUCACCGCACAUAUCGCAAUGACGCAUGUCGGUGGUGGCCGGGCGCAUUAUGAUUGCCAUUGGGAUACUUGUUCCCGCCACGAUGAUCACGGAUUUGCAAGUAAGCAGAAAAUCCUCCGGCAUUUGCAAAGCCAUACUGGACAUAGGCCGUUCCAGUGCGAGAUUUGCCGACAAAAUUUCUCCGAGGCCGCGACGUUGGCACAGCACAUGCGUCGUCACACACAGGAAAAGCCAUACGUGUGUGACUAUCCCGGCUGUGGGAAAGCAUUUGCCAUCACUGGAGCAUUGACGAUCCACAAGCGCACCCACAAUGGCCACAAACCGUUCAAAUGCACCUAUUGUGACCGGGCCUUCGCCGAGUCAUCGAACCUUUCGAAACAUCUGCGCACACACACCGGUGCGAGGCCGUAUUCGUGUGCAGAGCCAGGCUGCAACAAGUCCUUCGCUCGGCCGGACCAGCUCGGGAGGCAUCAAAAUGUCCAUAGGAAGAAGACUGGUGGGGCUAGCACUGCGAAGGCGGCGGGCUGACAUGCGAGAGAUGGGUGAUGGACUGCGUAGACAUUGCUGGAGAAGUGGCAUUUUUGUGUAUAGUAUGAUCUACUACGUUCCAGUUGUCCCGUCGUUCGAGGUCACCAUAGGCUCUCGAACAAUAUAGCUUUGCGUUGCGGUGCACGAUGAGAC